AUGGCAGCAUCGUACCUUGCGAAGCAGAAUCCAGGGGUCUUGGAUGUCAGUAUUGCGGUGGACCUCAGAGCCGAACGCCUGGAACUCGCUCAGCAGUUGGGAGCCACACAUACUAUCGACGGCCAAGAGUACAAGUCAAAUCUGGUUGAAAAAAUACGCCGUAUCACAGGUGGUGUUGGAGCCGAUGACUGUUCGGGGGCAUUGUCAGUAAUCGAAGACAUGAUUGUGGCUCUAGCUCCGUGCGGAAGAGCCGUGACUGUGGGUGCGCCUCCAUUGACAAUCAAAAUGUCUAUCGAGGUGUUUCCCUUUAUCAACGGGUGUGAAUCUUAUCGUGAAUCACACCAGGGGGACAGCGUUUCCGGGAAAGCAAGCUAUGCUUGGAACUGA